AAAAAUGUUACUGAAUUUAAUUAAAGGAAAUCACAAGUUCGUCCAUAGACGGCACUAUGCCACUAUUGGUAUUAGAAGAGAAGAUAAAAGUCGCUGGGAGCGACGCACUCCUUUGACACCAGAUCACGUCAAGAAAUUGAUCCAUGAGACAGGAACUCAAGUCUAUGUUCAGCCCAGUACAAAGAGAAUCUUCCCAAUCGAGAGUUAUAAAAAGGCUGGUGCUAUAGUAACCGAGGAUCUGUCAAAGGCAGAUGUCAUCCUUGGUAUCAAAGAAGUGCCCCAGGAAUCACUUUUGCCAGACAAGACCUAUCUCUUCUUUUCCCACACUCAUAAAGGGAACGAAAAAAACAUGCCAAUGCUUCAAACCAUACUUGACAAGAGGAUACGCUUAAUGGACUACGAGUUAAUGACAGACGAAAAAGGAAGGAGAUUGGUUGCCUUUGGUAAAUUCGCUGGUAAUGCAGGUAUGAUUGAUAUUCUGCAUGGAAUGGGCCAUCGAUUCCUUGGAUUAGGCUAUAGCACUCCGUUUAUGUAUACAUCAAUGGCACAUGCUUACCCUACCUUAAAUGAGGCCAGAUUAGCGCUUGCUAGAGUUGCCGACAUGAUCGAACGAAAUGGAACACCUAAAGACUUUGGUCCUCUAGUCUAUACAUUUACAGGAGGCGGCAAUGUAGCUCAGGGUGCCAUGGAAAUAUUCAAAGAGUUGCCACACGAAUUUGUACCAGCACAAGAUUUAGAAAAAAUCGUUAAUGAUAAAAAUCCAAACUUAAACAAGCUUUACGCAACUCAACUAGACGUCACGGAUUACAUCGUGACAAAGGAUGGAAAUAGACCUUUAGAAUCCCAUGAUGAGUACAUUCAUCAUCCCGAAAAAUACCAUUCGAAUUUUCACCAGAAGAUCGCGCCCUAUACUAACUGUGUUAUCACAGGCGCGUACUGGGAUAAACGAUAUCCAAGAACGCUAACUAAUGAUCAACUGAGAGAGAUAGAGUUGCUAAAACAAAAGGGUGUCAUCAACAAGGGAAAGAUGAUGAGUUUGGCAGAUAUCGUUUGUGAUAUUAGGGGUGCAUUUGAAUGUUUAUCACACUCUACCAACGUAGACGAUGGCUUCUUUUACUAUGACGCUCUCAAGAAUGAGGAGCAUAAAAAUCCUGAGGGAAACGGUAUCCAGAUCAUGGGUAUUGACAUCUUGCCUGCAGAACUGCCCGUUGAGAGUAGUCAGCAUUUUAGUGAAAAGCUGUAUCCCUUUAUCAAGGAAAUGGCUACCCAGCCUGGUCAAUCGCCUUUACUACGUCACUCAGUGAUUGCAGAAGAUGGAAAGUUAACUGAAGCGCACCAGGGUUUAAAAAGCUAUCUCUCAACCACGCAGAAGGAACCCAAAAAGACCGUUCUUUUGCUAGGCUCAGGCAUGGUCGCCGCUCCUUUAGUGGAGCAUUUAGCCAGAAGAUCUGAUGUGAAUAUUGUUGUUGCUAGCAAUGUUGCUGAGGAGGCCAAAGCUCUUGUUUCAAAGUUUUCAAACGCAGAGUCUGUUCCCCUAGAUAUCUCGGAUCAACAGAGCCUUUCUGCUCUUGUCGGUAAAGCAGAUGUUGUUGUGAGCUUUGUUCCUGCUUUUCUGCAUACACAAGUAGCCAAUGUAUGUAUUGAACAAAGAAAGGACAUGGUCACGGCCAGCUACGUUUCUCCAGAGAUGCAAGGCUUAAACGAAAAGGCACAAAAGGCGGGUGUCUUGAUUAUGAAUGAAGUUGGUUUGGAUCCUGGUAUUGACCACAUGUCUGCCAUGAAGAUCAUUGAUGAAGCCAAAAGAAAAGGAAGCAAGAUUCGAUCCUUCAUUUCCUGGUGUGGUGGAUUACCUGCCCCCGAAGCAUCCAACGUUCCAUUUGGCUACAAGUUUAGCUGGUCCCCCCGUGGUGUACUUACUGCGAGUGGAAAUGACGCGAUCUACUGGAACAACAAAAAGGAGCAUAUCAUUUCAGGAGAUAAUUUAUUAAAACAGCAUUUCCCAGUUGUACGUACCCCUUUUGCUGGGUUUGUAUUUGAAGGAUUAGCCAAUAGGAAUUCCCUUGGCUACGCAGACGUCUACGGCUUAGGUCCGUUGUCCGAUAUGGACACAAUGUUUAGAGGCACCCUUCGUUACCAGGGAUACUCUGACUUGCUUUACGCCUUCCGCCAAUUGGGUUUCUUGGAAACUAAACCCCUUAGUGACUGCAUGAACUGGAAACAAUACUUUGAAGUCACCUUACGCAGUCCAUUGACCAAGGAGUCCGUAACUCAAAGACUCGGGUUAUCUAAUGACCAUCCAAUGACAGAAACUGUUUGGUCAGCCAUGCACUACUUGCUUUCAAGGGAUAAUGACUUCCCUAUUCACAUGAAAGGAGCAGUACCUUUAGACUUAUUUUCAAACCUAUUAGCUAAAAGGUUAAGAUAUGAAAAGGGAGAGCAUGAUAUGGUGGCCAUGCAUCAUGAAUUUGGUAUUGAGCAUUCAUCUGGUCAGAAGGAAACUUUGACGUCUACCUUGAUCCGUUACGGCAAUGACGAGCACACGGCUAUGGCAGAGACAGUUGGAUUACCUGCAGCCAUGGCUGUUGAAUUAGUUUUGGAUAACAAAAUACCUGAAAGAGGUGUACAAGUACCCACUCAAAGACAUGUCUAUGAGCCUAUCUUGGAGCAACUAGAAUUCAAGGGUAUCCGAUUUACUGAACGCGUUGAACCAUAUAGAGUCAACCAAUUAAAGCCUACUGGUUCUGGUCUUUAUCAACAAUAAAUGUGGAUCCAAUAAUAAACGCGUAAUACAAACUCCCUAUAUAAACACAAAAUUUCCUUUUCAUUUAUAAAACAACCAAAAUAAGUAAACCUGAGAUAAACCGUAAAAGAAGAAUGUAUAAAAACGGCAAUGAUAAGCUAUCUUACGCCCCCCUUUCCUUCUUCCCUUUGCCCUCUCUCCAAUUAAUAUAAAGUCCGACCCGAAAGACAUGUAUUUAAAGACUGAUUAAUUUCCUUUUUCUCUUUUUCUUUU